AUGGUAAUGCAUGUGAUUGUUUUCGGAAUGAGUUCAAUCUGUUUAAUGUUGGACAUUGUGAAUCCAGGACUAAAUGAUAUCGAUUUGAUAUUGGGUGGCCACAGUUCUUUGCCAUUACACAAAUUCAAGGUUUUAAGUGAAGGAGUUCUCAGUCUUUUAACCUUUCCAAUGAAUCCACCCAAAUCUAAGCACUCUAACAUCGGUAGAUUUAAUUCAAGCUUUCUCUCUUUAUACCCAGUGAAUUGCAGUGAUAGAUUUUCAAGUUGA